GGGGCGUGCCUGCCAUAGUCCGAGCAUGAUGAGCAAUUCAGAUCGGAUGACAUGAAUGCCCAAAUGGCAGAGAAUGAAGCAGGCAGACGUGGCAGAUUCGACACGCAUGGAGUCUCUGGACACGCUCCAAGCUCAUCUGAUUCCGAAGCUUGGUCAGACGAGGGACAUCUGCCUCUGCUCUAGCCGCAGGGUAGCGGUCCUCAUGCUCAAUGCCCGGGAAAUGCAUCUUCCUCAUUCGAUGUCGGGCUGCGGGCAUCUACUAAUCGACACUUCAGAUCCUGAGAAUCCGAACGUUGCCCGAUCAAACUCUUGUCGACGACCACGAGCAUCGGCCUCCCAAUGGCUCCCUCCCACCUCUCACUCGCGGAGAAGUACGGGCCAAGAUACAUACGCAACAGAGAGAGCCCCUGGUCUAAGAUCAUGAUCGCGAUAAAGAAACCGAUAUUCCUCUGGACAGCACGCAGCAAAGUUGUUUGCUCCUGUGCCCGAAGGGACGUGACUGGUUGUUGAUUCAUGACCAAUAGCAUGAAGGCAGACGGAGACAAGAUUCUCUGAAGACUCACCCAUUAACACAAGUUAACCGCGCAGAUGCGUGCUUGUGCUGGGAUAUCAACUGGAUGCCCGGAUGAUUGCGCCAAAGAGGUAACAAAACACUCCAUCUGAAAAUCACUUCGCUGCAAGUUAACUCCUGUGCUCGAUACGGUUGUAUUGAAUGUACAAGAUCAUGUACCGUGUACAUUCAGACAUGCAAACUAUGAAGUUCAACCUCUCACAAGUGUACCUUUCCACCAACUCUACAACUCAGGCCACGGCUUGUGUUGUUUUCUGCAACGUACUGUGUAGUUCGCUUUCAUCGGAUGUCUCCGUGCUUGAAAACAUAGUGCAUGUCAGCACUGGAAACAGGAGAGAAAUCACGUGAGAUAUCAUAUGAUUCAUGUGCAGAUCGUUUAGAACAAAUACACUAAAAUAGCAAAAUGGAUGGUAAAAUCCCGCCAAGUCCCAAAAGUAUCAAAGCCUAGCCCCUUGACACAAGUGCAUCACAAUGGAAACAUAUAGUUCUCUGAACAACAGAGUUUAUCA